ACGUUUGCCAUAAAUACAGCAAUGUAGAAGCAAAUUGAAUUGUACGUGUGCGGAUCGAAAUCCAGCUCCUGGUUUUCUCUCCAUCUCUGCCUCUCCCGAUCGCAGUCAUCGUCUAACAGAACAGCGCUUAUAAAUUGGUUUGUCAUUUUUAGAGAUCUCGCUGUAGAUGUACCACAUUGCAAUCCGACAUUACUGAAAAAAGCGUGUUUUCGUAUAAGUAAAUUCCGACAAUGAAGAAAGAGAAUCUGUAAGUGAAUGACGUGGAAAAGAAGGUUAUUUUUUGCCUUGCCAGACCAAAUACAAAGCAUCGACUGCCGCAGCUCAUCGAAUCCUUCUGGAAAAUAUUGGCCGCCUUCUAAACCGAACCAUUGGGAAUUUAUUCAGUGUGUACAGAUUACUUUUCUAUAUCAUAUGUCAAUGGACCAACAACCAAGAAUACAUUUAUAAUGAACUACAUGCCUUUCUUUAAACGUAUCCGCUGAAUUAAAGUCGAUUUUAGACAUUUAAACGAGAAAGGAGCUAUUCUUACUGGUUUCAAUGGCAGUACUGGAAGGGGUUUACAGCUGCAGUUCAUUCCACUGACUGGAGAAUGCGAUACAACUUAAAUGGUGUGAUUCCCUGAAAAGAAGAAAAAGUUCCUCUGCAAGUUAAGAUCUCCCUUUGCAACUCCAGGAAAUACCAUGUGGACUUUACAAUUGUAUAUCUUUGCUGUUAUUUUCAUCUCAGCUGUCCAAACUUUUAGCCGUGCACCUAUUCCAAUGGCAGUUGUAAGAAGGGAGUUAUCCUGUGAGAGUUAUCCUAUAGAACUUCGAUGUCCAGGGACAGAUGUCAUCAUGAUUGAAAGUGCCAAUUAUGGAAGAACAGAUGAUAAAAUCUGUGAUGCUGAUCCUGCUCAAAUGGAGAACAUAAGAUGCUACCUUCCUGAUGCCUAUAAAAUUAUGUCUCAAAGAUGCAAUAAUAGAACCCAGUGUGCCGUGGUGGCUGGACCAGACGUCUUCCCAGACCCAUGUCCUGGAACUUACAAGUACCUUGAAGUUCAAUAUGAAUGCGUUCCAUAUAAAGUUGAACAAAAAGUUUUCCUGUGCCCUGGUUUGCUGAGGGGAGUAUAUCAAAGUGAUCACCUUUUUGAAUCUGAUCACCAAUCAGGUGCAUGGUGCAAAGAUCCACUCCAGGCUUCAGAUAAGAUUUAUUAUAUGCCUUGGACCCAAUACAGGACAGACACUUUAACUGAAUACUCCUCAAAGGAAGAUUUUAUUGCUGGAAGACCCACCACCACCUAUAAGCUGCCUCAUCGUGUAGAUGGAACAGGGUUUGUUGUAUAUGAUGGAGCUCUUUUUUUUAAUAAGGAGCGAACUCGGAAUAUUGUGAAAUUUGAUCUACGCACACGUAUCAAGAGUGGUGAAGCUAUUAUCGCAAAUGCGAAUUAUCAUGACACUUCCCCCUAUCGUUGGGGAGGAAAAUCUGAUAUUGAUCUUGCAGUUGAUGAAAAUGGACUGUGGGUUAUCUAUGCGACAGAACAGAACAAUGGCAAAAUAGUUAUAAGUCAAUUAAACCCUUACACAUUACGCAUUGAAGGAACCUGGGAUACAGCAUAUGACAAACGAUCAGCUUCAAAUGCUUUCAUGAUUUGUGGAAUUCUGUAUGUGGUCAAAUCAGUAUAUGAAGAGGAUGACAAUGAAGCAACUGGAAACAAAAUAGACUACAUAUAUAAUACGGAUCUUAGCAAGGAUGGAUAUGUUGACAUUCCAUUUCCCAACUCUUAUCAGUAUAUUGCAGCAGUGGAUUAUAAUCCAAGAGACAACUUGUUGUAUGUGUGGAAUAAUCAUCAUGUAGUGAAAUAUUCUCUGGAUUUUGGUCCCAUGGAAAACAGGCAAGAGUCUUCCUCCUCUAUACUGAUUUAUGUUGAUACAACAACUUCAAGGACUACAACAAGAUCUACUACAGUAAGCUCUAGUAGAAUACCAGUUACAACUGUUGGGUAUCGUAUGAAGAGCACAACCACUGUAAUGCUUACAGUGGAAGGCAUUUUAGAUCUUUCAACAAGGCCUGAUGUUUCAUCACAGCUUCCAAAUACUGGUGUAGAGUAUUGUGAGCCAGUGGUAGACUCUGACAUUUCUUGGCCAAAAACACUUCAGGGACAGAUUGCUAAACAACCAUGUCCUUCAGGUACCAUAGGUGUUGCAAGCUAUGUAUGUCUGACAGAUGGACACUGGGAUUCUAAAGGACCAGAUGUCAGUAACUGCACCUCUCCUUGGGUUAAUCAGAUUGCACAAAAACUUAAAGCAGGAGACCCUGCAGCCAUCAUUGCAAGAGAACUUUCAGAGCAAACAAAGAGUCAGAUUCAUGCUGGAGACAUCACAUACACUGUCAAAGCUUUGGACCAAGUAGUAGAUCUACUUGAUAUACAACUACGUAACCUAACACCUGGUGGAAAGGACAGUGCUGCUCGCAGUUUAAACAAGUUGCAGAAAAGGGAACGCUCUUGCAGAUUUUAUAUUCAGGCAAUGGUAGAAAUUGUUAACAACCUUCUUCAGCCCUUAGCCCAGAGUGCUUGGCAGGAACUGACAGUUGCUGAACAGCUUCGAGCAGCUACAAUGUUACUGGACACUGUUGAAGAGGGUGCUUUUGUUCUGGCAGAUAAUCUGCUCAAAACAGAUAUUGUUCAAGAGAACACAGAAAAUAUACAACUGGAGGUUGCAAGGUUGAGCACAGAUGGAAAUUUGGCAGACCUGAAGUUUCCUCAAGCUGGAGGACAAGGCAACAUCAUUCAGUUAUCUGCAAGUACAUUGAAACAGUAUGGAAAAAAUGGGGAGAUCAGAGUAGCUUUUGUCCUUUACAAGAACCUUGGUUCAUAUUUGUCUACAGAAAAUGCAAAUGUGAAGCUGGGAAAUGAUGCCAUAUCAACCAAUUAUUCUGUGAUUGUAAAUUCACCUGUUAUUACGGCUGCUAUAACUAAGGACACAACAAAAAUCUACCUUUCAGACCCAGUGGUAUUUACUGUCAAGCAUAUACAGCAGUCUGAAGAAAACUUCAACCCAAACUGCUCAUACUGGAACUACUCAAGACGGACAAUGACUGGAUACUGGUCAACUCAAGGAUGCCGUCUGCUUGGAACUAAUAAGACUCAUACAACAUGUUCUUGUACUCAUCUUACCAAUUUUGCAGUUCUAAUGGCACAUGUGGAGAUUAAGAAUAUGGAUCCUGUCCAUGAUCUUCUCUUGGAUGUUAUUACUUGGGUGGGAAUCCUGCUUUCACUUGUCUGCCUGCUGUUGUGCAUUUUUACUUUUAGCUUUUUCCAAGGCCUUCAGAGCGAUCGAAAUACUAUUCACAAGAAUUUGUGUAUAAGUCUGUUCAUGGCUGAACUAUUGUUCCUCAUUGGCAUCAAUCGUGCUGAUCAACCGAUUAUUUGUGCAGUGUUUGCUGCACUGCUUCAUUUUUUCUUCUUGGCUGCAUUCACAUGGAUGUUCUUGGAAGGAGUACAGCUGUACAUUAUGCUUGUGGAAGUGUUUGAAAGUGAACAAUCACGGAAAAAGUACUUUUACCUUGUUGGCUAUGGUAUUCCUGCUUUGAUAGUGGCUGUGUCAGCAGCAGUUGACUAUAGAAGCUAUGGAACAGACAGUGUGUGUUGGCUUAGACUUGAUACCUACUUUAUUUGGAGCUUCAUUGGCCCUGCAACAUUAAUUAUUAUGCUAAACGUAAUCUUCCUUGGGAUUGCUCUAUAUAAAAUGUUUCAUCAUACAGCAAUACUAAAACCGGAUUCUGGCUGUCUAGACAAUAUAAAAUCAUGGGUUAUUGGAGCUAUAGCACUUCUCUGUCUCUUGGGAUUAACGUGGGCUUUUGGACUAAUGUACAUCAAUGAAAAUACUGUUAUCAUGGCUUAUCUCUUUACCAUAUUCAACUCUCUACAAGGAAUGUUUAUUUUUAUAUUCCACUGUGUCCUCCAAAAGAAGGUGCGUAAGGAAUAUGGCAAGUGCCUGCGUACACACUGUUGCAGUGGGAAGAGUGUGGAAACAUCCAUCAAUUCAACAAAAACAAGUGUUUCUCGAACUACUGGACGAUAUUCCACAGCCUCACAGAGUCGAAUUCGUAGAAUGUGGAAUGAUACUGUCAGAAAACAGUCAGAGUCUUCCUUUAUUACAGGUGACAUAAACAGCUCUGCUUCGCUGAACAGAGGAGCCAUGGCUAAUCAUCUUAUAACUAAUGCUCUUCUUCGUCCUCAUGGCACUAACAAUCCUUAUAACACAUUGCUGGGGGAAUCAGCAGUCUAUAACAACCCUUCUGUCAGCAUGUGCAACACACAAGAGGGACUACUGAACAAUGCCAGGGAUACAAGUGUCAUGGAUACUCUACCACUGAAUGGUAACCACAGCAACCACUAUAAUAUUUCUGCUGGAGAUUUCAUGAGUGACUGUGUCCAGAUAAUUGAUAGAAGCUAUAACCAUAGCGAAGCUGCAUUAGAAAAAAAAUUUUUAAAGGAACUCACAACAAAUUAUAUUCCUUCCUAUCUGAACAGUCACAAACUGACCACUGAGCAUAACAGAAAUUUAAUGAACAAAUUUGUUAAUCGUAUUCGCAAUGACAAUGAAGAUGAUUCCAUUGUACGUAAUGAAAACAAUGUUGAUCAUACGAAUAAUUUGGAUAUUGAACUGAUUCAUGAAGCAUCUGAUGCUCCACUUGUUCCACAAAGAGCACAUUCAAUAGAAAACAAUCAGCCCCACAACAUCUCCAAAAUAUGUUUACCUCAGGAGAACAGUGAGAGUUUGUUUUCUUUGCUAAUCAAUGAGCAUGCAGAACACCAGCCACCUACAAACAAAGAUACUGUUUAUACUAGUAUGCCAACUUUAGGUGGUCUGCCUGUCAAAGAAACAAAUGGUACCAUAAUAAAAAGUGAACCUAUACCGAACAAAAACAAUGAUGCUGAAGAUGUUUACUAUAAAAGUAUGCCCAAUCUUGGCUCCAGAAACUAUAUCCAUCAUUUGCAUACUUACUACCAACUUGGUCGAGGCAGCAGUGAUGGUUUUUUUGUGACACCCAAAAAAGAACACAUUUCUCUGGACAAAACCUCUACAGAACCUUUUCACUUGGUCACUAGCCUAUAGAAGAUAAUCCUUAUUUGUGUUUGCUUGUUCUGAUUCUCAUAAAGCACGGGAUAUUAUUUUUCUGUGUAUUCCCACAGUUUGAUUGGUAGUAUAGAACAAAAAGAAAUGUUAUUUUCUAAAAUAUAGGGAGAUAAAUUUUUUAUGUAUCAUUUAACAAGAGAACAAUUAAUUUGUUUUGAGCAGGAAAAUGAAGAAGUGAAUUGAAUAUUGAUGGAUACUUGUAUAAUAUUGUGAAGCAUUAUGGUCCAAUAUUAAAUACAUGCUAGAGGCAAUUUUAUAGUUUUGAGAAAGCAAGCUAUCGAUUCUUUAUGAUUUCUGCAGGAAAUAUUCAUUUAAUUUAAAAAUAUCUUAACAAAACCAUAUUUAUGUGACUGGAGGGUAUACCUCAAUGUUUAAUUUGAAUUACAGAAAAACACAGAAUUCCAAGCAUUUUUAUAUAAUGUACAAAUACAAGCAUUGCACAUAACAGUGUUUUUUUUUAAUCAAAAACUGUCUCUGUAAAUGUAGUUAUUAGCAUUUUUUUCUGUUGUGUUGGUCUUGCAGAAAUUGUCAACCAAUUGGUUUUUAAAAGAAAAAUCAAAUUCUGCCUUUUAUUGUUUAAAUCACAAUUGAAAAUAUAUAUUUCAUUAAGUUUGGCUUUGUAUAACUUAAUCACCUUUUCCUUAAUAGUUCAUGUUUAAUUUCUUCACAGAGUAGUUUGUAAAUCUAUUGAUGUUUCAACAACAGUUAAAGCAAACAAAGAUUUUAAAGCAACGCUAAACCAUUUAUUAAAAUACUGUUGAAUGAAAUGAACAGAGACCUGUCCUUUGUUAGGUUACUAGUCUUCUAUGUAAGAAAUAUGAGGAGCCUGUGAGCUCUGUGUAACAAGAACUAAUAACUUUAAUCACCUUUGUUUCUCCUAGCAGUUGUAUAAAUUUGGAAAUAAUUUAGUGUUUCCUUAAAAGCAGUGGAUGUGACUACUUUUUUUUCUAGCAAAAUAUAUUUAUUUGACCACAACAGUGUAACAAUUCAGCAGAAAAGAUGAUUUUUUUUAUCCAUUUUGUAUGGUUUCCAAGUUGAAUGACCUCAUUGUUAAAGUGAAACUUGUUCUCCAACAAAUAAAUGACUGAUGAACAUUUAUAGCAAUUCAUAACCAA